AUGUCGCUAUACCCAUUAGCAAUUAGUGAAGUUACAUAUUCCAAAGAAUUUUAUUAUUUAGACGUUGAGAAACCCUUUGGAGUCGGAGCAGGAAAUAAAUUACCUUGGGUGGAUCUUAGUUUCGUAUCGCGAAUUCUUCCAGAACACGCAUGGAGCGCGUUUUUAAAUUGUGGACAUGAUGAUUCUCUAAUUUUGUUUCCUGGAGAAUACAGAGAACACAAUUUUACAGAAGCAACAGUAUACACUUACAAGUUAAGUUUACAACAAUGGAACAGAUUUACACCCACCAAACCACCUAUAGAUAUUUAUCACAGCCAGCCCCAGACCGUUUGUGAUGCUAAAACUGAAACAAUGUAUAGAUUUGGUGGCAUAAAACCACCUCUAACUACAAAUAAAUAUUUGGAUAUUUUGGAUACAUCGACGCUAGUGUGGAAAAAUGGUAGUACAGUUUAUGCUCCAGGAGGAAGGUUCGAUCAUACGAGUACAUUGUUACCAAACGGUAAUAUUGUUUAUAUAGGUGGUAGCUUACCUGAUGGCAAAGGAUUUGUAGAAAUGUCAGAUAAUACCACUGGUGAUCUGCCAACACGUCAUGCAUGCCAUUCUGCUGUUCUGACUCAAGAUGGUCGUAUUAUCGUGUAUGGAGGCCUUACUGAGGAUGGUGGUCCUGCAAAAGAUGAUCUUGUGAUAUUAGAUACAUCACAAGCUGUUUAUACAUGGUCAAAAGCGAAUGUCUCCACAAAUAAACCACUUCCACAAUUUAUUUUACCAAAUGAAGUAUUUAUUUUAGACACGAGCGAUAAAUCUAAUUACAAAUGGGUUAGUGAGUUUAUACCUCCCACACCUCCAACAACUCCAGUUCAAAAUUUUAGUACUCAAAACAGAAAUCUAGAAAAGAAGACUAUCAAAACUAGAUAUGUUUGUACACUUUCCACAGAUAAAUUAAACUUGGAAAGCCGACGUAAGGAUAGACAUCCUAUGUUAUUACAAAUAAUGAAGUCGUCAUUAGAACAUACACAGCCAUAUCAGCAUCAGCAGCAACAACAGCAACUAGUAGAUUUAAUACGAAUAUAUAAAUCAAAAUGCAUAAUUAAAAAAUAUGAUACUUAUGGUUAUGAAGAAUUUGAAUGCAUCUAA